AUGACAUCGGUGAUAGCGAUCUUGGCAAGUUUCGUAGAUGGCUUUAAGGUGGGUCCCGAUGAAACAUUAGCCAUAAUUAGCUUGGUCGAACAGCUUUUUGCUGGAUGCUACCGCAGAUGGUUCAAGUUUUUCAAAGAGGAUUUCGAUUUUUCCUUAAAUUUGAGAGUUCCUGACUACGACAAAAACCACUGGAAACAGUUACCGGCUUUAUUACCUUUGGCACGAAAAUAUUUGAUAUCGCAUGUGAGCGAAAUGUCGGAGAGGAUGUUGUCUCUGGAGAAGCAGCUGCAGCUCCUGGCAGAAUCUGCGCAGUCUGUGGGCGAUCACAUUUUUCUUAAUUUUACUUGCGAGCAAGACUGCAGUAUGAGAGGUGCCAUUUUCAAUGAAACAAUGUUUGCGCUGAUAUUUUUCUCGGGCUCAACAGUUGCAUUUCAUGAUCAACUGCUUACUGCACUUCGGUAUGGCGCCAUACCAGUGAUCCUUUCUUUGCGGCCAGCUUUACCAUUUCUGGGAUUUAUCGAUUGGCGUCGUGUUGUGUACAGAGUGCCAGUGCAACGAUUACCCGAGCUGCAUUUCAUCCUGCGUUCUUUCGCGCCUGCUGAUAUUCUAGAAAUGAGACGCCAGGGGCGAUUCGUACUGGAAAAUUAUCUCAUCGAUAAAAAAGGGCCACGUGAAGCGCCACACAAGUCUCCUCCAUACACGCACAACUACACAUCUCAACAAAUGUACUCAUAUUAUUGGUGGAAUCAUUUCGGCCACGUAGCAGGUCGAUCUUUGGAAUUCAUCACCAAUGAGCCUCCAUUUCCGUCCCAGUUUGAGUAUGGUGAAGGCCCCGAAUGGGGCUUCCGUCCAAUUGCACCUCCUGCAAGUGGACUGACAUUUUCUACGGCUCUUGGUGGCAACAGACCACGCGAACAAUUCACUGGUAAGAAUUACAUUUGCAUGGAAUUGCAUUUUGGAAAUACUUAAAU